GAAAACGAGACGACGAGCGGCAGUGGUUCGUCUGAGAAUAUCAUCACUCGCCGCCCAUUUCUGACUACAUUUGUAUGAAAUGCUGCGUCACUACUACUUCUCUGAAUUUACAUCCUCCACGGUGCUCCACCGUCCUCGCACCACCGCCUUGUUCUUCCUGACGUUUCUUUUUUCUUAUCUCCUUCUCAAUACCACUUUUGAUUCAUGCCAGAUCCGACUUCCAGAUUACUUAGUCUCGUCGACCGACAUGUUCUCUUCUGCUCUGUCCUUCCACUCGUUGUCGGACAGUGCUGAUUCUAGUCUAGGAACAGUCUUGAAGGAGGCUUCCAUGCAUGACAAGACAGUUAUCUUAACAACUUUGAAUGAGGCUUGGGCAGAUCCAAAUAAUUCAAUUCUGGAUCUCUUUUUGGCUAGCUUUAGGUUUGGUUACCAAACUAGCAGACUUUUGAAUCAUUUGGUGAUUAUUGCUCUAGAUCAGAAGGCAUUUGCGAGAUGUAAGCGUGUACACACCCAUUGCUUUGCCCUCACCACCGAGGGGGUUGAUUUCUCUCAGGAGGCCUAUUUUAUGACCCCUGAUUACUUAAAGAUGAUGUGGCGACGGGUUGAUUUCUUACGGUCUGUGCUUGAAAUGGGAUACAACUUUCUUUUUACGGAUGCUGAUGUCAUGUGGCUCAGGGACCCCUUCCCACAUUUUUAUCCGGAUGCAGAUUUUCAGAUUGCAUGCGAUCAUUAUUCUGGAAACUCAACAGAUAUAACGACCAAUUUAGCCAAUGGAGGGUUCAGUUUUGUAAGGUCCAAUAUCCGGUCAAUAGAGUUUUACAAGUACUGGUACUCUUCAAGAGCGACCUAUCCAGAUUUGCACGAUCAGGAUGUCCUCAAUAAUAUCAAAUUUGAUUCUAUCCUGACAGACAUUGACUUAAAAUUGAGGUUUCUAGAUACAACUUAUUUUGGUGGAUUUUGUGAACCUAGCAAAGACUUGAACAAAGUCUGCACAAUGCAUGCAAACUGCUGUGUCGGUCUUGACAACAAAGUUCACGAUCUUAGGAUCGUGCUUCAGGAUUGGAAAAACUUCAUGGCUCUUCCUCCUAGCAUAAAGUCUUCACUAAGAUCAACUUGGAGGGCUCCUAAAAACUGCAGUCUUGCUUUGCAUCGCCACCUUGAUUUGUCUAGAGAUGGAAGGAACAACGAUUGAAACAAUCAGUUAACACUGUAUUUCUGGCCAGUUAGUUCUUCAUGUAAAGGUAAGCAGCGGGCUUUUCUUUCCGAAACUGUCGUGUAGUAAUUCUUUUGUAGAGAUGAAAAUGAUAAGACGUAAAACUAGUUACUCCAGAACAAUUGAAAUAUACAUAGAAAUACAUGGAGCUUCUAGGCUCAAUAUCUCAUGGUUUUAUGUGUUGUAUUCAUCUUCUUUCAUGGU